AUGACUGGACGUGGCAAGGGCGGCAAGGGCCUCGGCAAGGGCGGUGCGAAGCGUCACCGCAAGAUUUUGCGUGACAACAUCCAGGGUAUCACCAAGCCCGCUAUCCGACGUCUCGCUCGUCGUGGUGGUGUCAAGCGUAUCUCUGCCAUGAUCUACGAGGAGACCCGUGGUGUCCUGAAGACCUUCCUCGAGGGUGUCAUCCGUGACGCCGUCACCUACACUGAGCACGCCAAGCGCAAGACCGUCACCUCCCUCGACGUCGUCUACGCUCUCAAGCGCCAGGGCCGCACCCUCUACGGUUUCGGUGGUUAA